GUGCUGUCUUUUUUUUUCUUAACCACACACUCACACUAUCUGCGUGCCCAAUACUGUGUGCAUCUUAAAUUUUGGCUGUGUUGCUGGGGACUUACUGACGUAGCAAACAGUAGACACAUGCAUGAGGGCAGAGCUUCCUCUUCCCCUCAUCACAGUACCUAAGAAACCAAGAGUUGACUCUGACAACAGCCCACACCAAACUUCGUCACCUCACGCAACUACACUUUCAAACAGAAACCACAUCAUUGGCGGGUUAUUGCUGACUUCACAAGCACACACGGACAGGUUUUUCUCUCUGCUGCUAAAGUGCGGUGAGAAGGUUUGCUGCUGACCCCAUUUGCUACGGUACAGCUCGAGGAGGAGAGUGUGUUUGUGCGUCAGCCUGCUGUUUACAGAGGAGUGUGAAGCUGCUGGAGCAUGCAACCACUGGUGCUCACUCCUGGCUCUGACCUCUCCCCUCCAUGCUGAUCAUAUAGGGAGAAGCACAAGGUGUUCAGGGUGUCUGAGUAAAAAGAUGAAGGAUUGACCAAAAGGAAAGUUGAAUUAUGUCUAUUUGAGAGCGAGAGGAUGACUGUGAAUACGUCUGGAUGGUCUGGGGAGUCCCUGGCCAACUCCUCCUCAGGAUGUGACUACAAUAUGACCGGCUGGAACCAGUGCAUGGAUAAGAUGUACACCUACUUCUACCUGCUGCUCUUCAUCCCCGGGCUGCUGCUCAAUACCAUCGCUCUCUGGGUCCUCUGCAGACAUAUUAGUAAGAAGACCAAGGCGGUGAUCUACAUGAUAAACCUGGCGUUAGCAGACCUGGCCCACAUCCUCUCUCUGCCCCUCAGGAUUUAUUAUUACUUCACACAUGAGUGGCCCUUUGGACAAGGCAUCUGCUUGUUCUGCUUCUACCUCAAAUACCUCAACAUGUACGCCGCUAUAGUGUUCCUGGUGUGUAUCAGCGUGCAGAGGUGUGUCUUCAUGCUCGAUCCGUUUGCUGCUCGCCGGUGGAGGCGACGCUAUGACCUGUUGAUCAGCAUUAUAGUGUGGGUGGUGGUGGGUCUGGGCUGCUCGCCUUUCAUUCUGAUGCGCAGCAGCAGUAGCAGUGGCACCAUCACUGCCACUAAGACAGUCUAUAACAUGUCCUAUUCUCUGGAUGCCACUUCUACACAACACCCCUCAGGUUACACCAAGCUUUACGCGAGUACAAGCCCCAGCAGUUUGGAGCUAGUCUCCAGACAAGGCUGUUUUAAGGACUUGCCCAUGCGUCCUCUGCCCCUCUCUCUGUCGGUCACCAUGAUGGCUUUUGCUGAGCUGUUUGGUUUCUUGAUUCCUUUGGCCUGCAUCAGUUACAGCUCCAUCCGCAUCACCCAGUCCCUCAACCAAAGACCGACCCAGGAUCAGCAAAACUCGUCCGCACUCAACGCCUCAGGACGCAGCCGACUCCAGUCAGUCACCUCCAACUCUCAGACAGAUAAAUAUCAUGAGAAGCAGAUGAACGGUGAGAAGCGGCGCGCUCUACGGUUGGUGCUGAGCUGCUUUGCCCUCUUCUUGUUCUGCUUUGCCCCCUACCACCUCAGCUUCCUGCUCUACCUGAUGGUAUCGCAGAAUAUAGUGUCCCACUGUGCGACGCAGCUGGCUGUGCGUCAGUUUCACCCGGUGUCCCUGUGCCUGGCGAGCCUAAGCUGCUGCCUCAACCCUGUGCUUUAUUACUUUCUAACAGCCGAGUUCAGAUUGCACCUCACCAGGCGCACUUCCUCCUUCACCACUUCACUCCUCUCCUCCCCUAUCAGCUCCCCGACCCAGCGUCCUGCGCAGCACAGACUGACGAGCAUGGAAAGUAGCUGCUCAGACAGGGAGUAGCAUUAUUCAGAUUAGUUUUUUUCCACAAGGAAUGACACAGCUAAACAUGAUGAAACAGAUGCAUCUCCAUAAUGCAUUCUGUUGAACUUGAAAACAGACAUGAUCCAAGUUGGACAAAGAGAUGAUUUCACAUGUCGCAGCUGUCUGAAUACAAACUGACCCAAAUGUGAAGAACCUCCCGGAGGACAUCAUUUUAGAUUUGACACUGUGGGCCUCCCCUCAGACAAAGCUUGGAAAAAGGCGGCCCCUCACCCCCCCUUAGUUUACUUGCUUAGUUUCGCUCAAUUCCUGGAUGCCUCAUGGGAUCAUGAUUAUGUUAUUUGAUCCCAUAGACACUCAACGAUUGAGCCAAGAUAGCUUAAUAUUGCUGUUUGACAUAACUUCAUACUACAGCAAAUACAUAAAAAAGGUCUGCCCCAAGGCAUUUAUUAGUUUCUGACUCUGGGAAAGUGGGAAUAUAAAUAUAAAUAAUAUAAAUAUAAAAAAUAGUAAAAUUCCCCAAAACUACUGUAUCUCUGAACUAUCUUUUUAACCAAAUCACACACAUUUAGGCUAUUCUAUUCUGAGCCUCCCCUGAAACUGUUUUGAGCCGCCCUGACUUUCAAAACCCCUGACUUUAGAGCAAACAAAUCUUCAAUCAGCCGCUGAAAUGAUGUACAUCUGUGUUUCAUGAUGAGUGUGCACAUAACAUCUAUGUGAAAAUCAUCGUAGUUAUACAUAAUAUACGUAACCUAUAGCUUGUUGUUUAUCUUUAGUAAAAAUGCAACAACUGAAAAUAAGCUAUAUCGUAAAUGUCAAAGCUGUAUGUAAAUGCAUGUGAAUGUACUGUAAAUAAAAGCAAGUCUGUGCUUUAUGUCUUA